ACUUUUUAGCUAAUCAUUGAACUCGUUUUGUUGUUUUCAAUUACACUGUGCAUUAAAGUUUUUAUUUUGAAUGGAAGACAAUGGUGAAAAUCAGCUUUUUAUUAAUUGCCAGCUUUCUGGGGCUUUCCAGGUACAUUGAGUGUGAAGUUUUUCUCCAAAGAGAGAAAGCAAACUACAUAUUACAGAGGCAGAGACGUGCAAACUAUUAUGAAGAGUACAGGAAAGGUAAUCUUGAGAGAGAAUGUAUGGAAGAACAUUGUUCUUUUGAAGAAGCUCGAGAAAUAUUUGAAAACAAUGAGAAAACAAGUGAAUUUUGGAAUGUAUAUGUGGAUGGCGACCAAUGUGCUUCGUCCCCCUGUUUAAACAAUGGCAAUUGUAAAGACGGUAUAAAUUUAUAUUCAUGUCAGUGCCCAGAAGGUUUUAAAGGGAAAAAUUGUGAAUUGGAGACAAUAACACGGUGCAGUGUGAAUAAUGGAAAGUGCCAUCAAUUCUGCAAAACUAAUGCCAAACCAGGAUUGAAGUGUUCAUGUGCAGUUGGCUACAUACUUGGGCCUGAUAGGUUUUCCUGUAUCCCUGAAGUACCUUACCCAUGUGGAAAAGUUGCAUUUUAUGAUAGAGUCCGAUCACUUGACACUUCAUUCAAGACCACCGAUAUUCUUACUGACAAUUCUGAUGCAAGUAACACUUCUGAGACCAACAUUAAUGCUACAGGCAUUUCUGAUGCAAUUAACAUUACUGAAACCAUAAAUAAUGCAAGUAACGUUAAUGCUUCGAUCUACGCAAACAUUACUCCUGAAGCAAGUCUUCAUACCAGGAUAGUGGGAGGAACAGACUGCGAAAAGGGACAAUGUCCAUGGCAGGUUCUGCUGGUAAAUGGAAAUGGUGUUGGUUUUUGUGGUGGAUCUAUCCUCAAUGAACGAUGGGUGAUAACUGCCGCACAUUGUUUUGUACCACCUGUUGAAUUUAGAGUUGUGGUUGGUGAACAUAACACUGCAAUAUUUGAGGAAACCGAGAAGUACCAUAAUGUGGAAAAUUUGAUAAAACAUCAUAAGUAUGACUCCAACAUAGAUAUGUUUGAAAAUGAUAUAGCGUUAAUUAAACUCUCAACACCAAUAAUAUUCAAUACAUUUGUGAUUCCCAUUUGCCUCCCAGAGAAACGUUUUGCAGAUGAUGUAUUGCUGUACCAGGUCUACGGGACAGUCAGUGGUUGGGGAAGGUUGCUCUUUGGUGGAGCAAGAUCUUCAGUCUUACAGAAAGUGGAAGUUCCAUAUGUUGAGUCUAGUUUGUGCAAGGCUUCCAGCAACAUCAGGAUCUCACAAAACAUGUUCUGUGCUGGGUAUGAAGAAGGGAAGAAAGAUUCCUGCCAAGGAGAUAGUGGAGGCCCUCAUGUCACCAAGUACAGGAACACUUGGUUUUUAUCAGGCAUUGUUAGCUGGGGAUUCAGCUGUGCAGAUGCUGGAAAAUACGGCUUUUACACAAAAGUAUCACGAUACACUAAUUGGAUUAAGAAAACAACAGGCAUUUAGUUUACAUACACUAACCUGGAAUAAAAUAACUUGGAAACAAUAUUCUGUAACCACCUCAUGAUCAUCUUAAAAAGUAGAAGAACUAAUUCACAGUUAAACAUAUCAAGAUUUCUUACUUAGAAAUAGUAUAAGGUAGUUGGGUGUUGGACUCAAAUGUGACACAAAGUAAUGAAAUAGUCUGAGUUACAGUAUGUUUUAGGCAUACCCUGUAUACAUCUUCUCUUUUUUUGUAAAUCUGUAGCCAACUCUCAUUUUGGAUUCAUUUUUCCUAUUAAAUGAAAUCCUGUCAUAUGUUAUUUCUGCAAUGUUAACAUUUUUCUGUUCAGCCACAAUCAGUCACACAGGACUGCAAUCAAGUUGACGCAUUGCAUCUUAGUUUGUUAAGAAUAAACUGUUCCGUAUCCAAAAUGUCACAUAAAAGAAUAAACUACUGUUUCUG